AUGGCUGCCCGAGGCCCCGGUGCUCCUGGUGCGCGCGGUAUGAACACGCGCUUUGCGCAAUUCAAGCUCGUCUUGCUAGGCGAGUCCGCUGUUGGAAAGAGCUCCAUCGUGUUGCGUUUCGUCAAGGACCAGUUUGACUCCUACCGCGAAUCCACUAUCGGCGCCGCCUUCCUGACCCAGACCAUUUCCCUCGACGAGAACACCACAGUCAAGUUCGAGAUUUGGGAUACGGCCGGACAGGAGCGAUACAAGUCCCUUGCACCCAUGUACUACCGCAACGCAAACUGCGCUGUAGUAGUUUACGACAUUACUCAAUCUAAUGCUAACGGCAGCAAGGCAUCCCUGGACAAGGCAAAGGCGUGGGUCAAGGAAUUGCAGAGGCAAGCCAACGAAAACAUCAUCAUCGCCCUGGCCGGCAACAAGCUGGAUUUGGUCACCGAGCAGCCCGAUAAGAGAGCGGUGCCCACGGCCGACGCCGAGGCAUAUGCGCGCGAGGCCGGACUCCUCUUCUUCGAGACAUCAGCCAAGACGGCCGAGAACGUCAAGGAUCUCUUCACUGCUAUCGCCAAGAAGCUGCCGCUUGACCAGGCCGGCCCUAGGCACGCCCGGCCAGGCCAGCGACAGGGCGUCAGCCUCCAACCCGAGACUCCUGGCAGUAACGUCAGCGGGCCUUGCAGCUGCUAA